CAACCCCUGCCCCCGCCCCCGCAUGGCCCGGCACGUGUUCCUAACAGGGCCCCCAGGGGUUGGAAAAACAACAUUGAUCCAGAAAGCCAGUGAGGUUUUAAAAUCCUCUGGUGUGCCUGUCGAUGGAUUUUAUACAGAAGAAGUCAGACAGGGAGGGAGAAGAAUAGGAUUCGAUGUCGUCACGCUGUCUGGAACCCGGGGGCCUUUAUCGAGAGUUGGGUUAGAGCCUCCACCUGGAAAACGUGAAUGCCGAGUUGGGCAGUAUGUGGUUGAUAUGACUUCUUUUGAGCAGUUGGCACUCCCCGUCUUGAGGAAUGCUGACUGCAGCAGUGGUCCAGGGCAAAGAGUGUGUGUCAUCGACGAGAUUGGGAAGAUGGAGCUCUUCAGUCAGCCUUUCAUUCAAGCUGUGCGUCAGACGCUGUCUACCCCAGGGACUAUAAUCCUUGGCACAAUCCCAGUUCCUAAAGGAAAGCCACUGGCUCUUGUAGAAGAAAUCCGAAACAGAAAGGACGUGAAGGUGUUUAAUGUCACCAAGGAAAACAGAAACCACCUUCUGCCAGAUAUCGUGACGUGUGUGCAGAGCAGCAGGAAGUGAAGACACGUGCGUUCCUGCCUCCCUUGAAGGAGUGCCCAGUUCAAGAGGAGCCCAAUGGAGCCCUCCUGUCGAGGCUGUAUGCCUAUGGGGUUAUAGAACCUUGUGGGCUUUUCUAGAGAAAACUCAACAGCUGUUUUCCAUAAAAUGUUUAAAAGAUCAAAUUAGCCUUAAUGCUGGAUUGUCUGUACAAGAUGAACAAUCCAUUGUGGCUUAUUUAUGCUUAAAGAUUUC